ACUUCCAGUCAGGGCUUCAGCUUUAGGUGCUGACAUUGUUUAGAAUCAACAUCGUAUUCUUGCAUCACAGUUAGAGAGAAUCGUUUUACUGUGGAAGAGUUUGAAGAUAGACUUUCUAAGAACCAAAUUCCGGAUUGCCCAUAUUUGUUCCUACAAUAUCAUUCCAACUGUUGGGCUGUCUUGCCUUUAGGCUAAUCUUCCCACUUAAAUUGAGGACUUUUGAGACCAGUCUCAGACAUUUUUGCUCAUUUCUCUGUUAUUGCUGUUUCAUCCCAAAGCUGCUGCCAUGUUUGGAGGACUCAGUAAAACUCUAGACGCCAAUGAGGAAAUCCAGAAAAUCGUUGAACAAGUCAAAGAUGGCGUGGACAAAAUGGCAGACAAAUGCUUUCUGAAUCUCCAGGCGAUACAGUACAGGUAUCAGAGUGAGAAGGGAACAUUGUACUAUAUAAAGGCCUAUGCCCCCGUUAAGGAGGGAGACGAUAACUACGUUCACCUGAAGAUUUUCCAGAAACCUUCAGACAAACCAGGAAAUCUUGAGCUGUUGGCCAUUCAAGACAACCAUAAACGCCCAGAUCCAAUUGAGCCUUUUUAAGGAGACCAUACAUCCAUCAAAGCAUCAUUGCUUGUAACCUUUACAGUUAUCCAGCUUUUCAUUGUCUUAAAAUAUCUGCCAUGUAGUUAUCUGCAUCGCUACUGUAGACUGUAGUUGUACAUUCAGGACAACA